AUGAAUAAUUAUAAAUUAUAAAAAGUCUUAUUCAAAAAAGUCAAUAAGGGUGUUAUUGUUGAAGAACAUUUACUUGUUAAAUCCUUGAUUGAUAAAUAAUGUUAUGUCUUAAAAAGAACAGAUGUUAGUAAAAUUAAUGCAGAAAGAUUGAAAGAGAUUGAAAAUCAUCUCAAACUAUUGAUCAAUAUCAAACAUCCAAGCUUAACCAAAAUUAAAGAAUACUUUAUUGAUUCCUAAUAUCUUGUCUAAGUCUUAGAAUAUUGUGGAGGUAUUUAAUUUAUACUAAUUAGAAUAAAUCUUAAAUGAAAGACUAAACAAAUAAAUCUCUGUUAAUUUAGUUUGUCAAUAUUUGCUUCAAUUGCUAUUUGCUUUAAAUUAUCUUGAAAUGCAACAAAUUAAUGUCUCUAUUGAUUUAGACACAAUCUUUUUGAAUUCUUUUGGAUCACUUAGAAUACAAUUCGAUUUACUUUCUCACAAAAAUUGGAAAGAAGAAGUCAAAUAUCUUUAAUAAGUCUUAAAAAAAACAAAUUUAGAUUGGGAAUCCUAAAAAUCGCAUGAACUAUCUUAAAUUCUAAAAUCAUUAAUGUAACCUAAUCCACCAAGUGUUUAAUAAAUGAUUAAUCAUCCUUAUUUACUUAAAGCAAUGUUUGAUUUUUGUAAAUAAUAAGAUCUAGAAGCAUAAGCUUAAUUAAAUUAAGAAAAGUUAAUUAAAGAAUAAACAAAUAAUAAAAGAGUUGGAAGAGCAUCUACAUCUGCUAAUCAUCAUCGAUAAAAAAUAUCUUAAUAAUCUCCUGUCUAAAAGAAGAAUUCCAAAGAUAGACCCUAAACUAAUUAAUAAUAAAAAAAAAAACCAGAACAAUAAAUUAAACAAUAAUAAUUACCUAUUAAAAGUUAAAUACCUCCUAGACCUAUUAAAUAAAGAAAUAAUUCAUAGGAGACUGUGAUUAAUGAAUCAAUUAUAAAUUAAGAUUUACUAAUGACUAAGGGUAAACAAGAGUUAUAAGAAUUAUUAAAACUAUAUAAAGAUUAGCUUAAAGAAAGUAGUAAAUAGUAUAACCCUUGGUUAAAUAUGUCAGAAAUUAAGGAAAUCACUGAAUAUGAUACAACUUCUAACCUAAAUCAAUAAUCAUGA